CUCAAAGGACUCGCGUCGAGUCCUUUUCACCGGAGAAUCUUCUCGGCGCCUCUCACGCGCCCCGGUGACUAUGGGUCGUAAGCCGUGCGCGGCGUGGUUGUCAACGCUGGCCGUGCUCACGCGUGCUCUAUCGUUGCUCUCAGUGCCAGUCUGGGCGCAGGACGUCGAGUCAGCCACGCGCAACUACGAGGACGAUCUUAGCGACGUACUUAAGGUGGCGGCGGAAAAACUGCUCCCGCUCGUUAUGGACAUCGUGACGAGACCCGAGGUGUCAACCAGCUGCUCGACAAGCAUGCUCAAGACCUUCGUGGCUCUUCGUCAACAGAAAGCUUGGGCCAUAAGGAUGGCCAUGUCCAAUGCUAUGUACGCACCCAACGCCCUGGAAGGCACUUACGUGGCAAUGGGAGGCUAUGACCAGUGCCUUCGCACUCGGGUGCGUUCGCCUGACGGUGAGCUCUACUUCAAGGGCCAGUACUGCUCCGUGGUGUUUGCCCUGCCUAGUGGCUACUACAGGCGCUUCAUCGAGUCCUUCGACGAGAUAGGUGAACUACAGGGUCGCCUCAACCCCCUGACGGCCUCAUCACCGCAUCGAAAGGGCGUACACACCCUAGGAGGACUCUGUGCACCCUCGAUGUGCACGAGGCAGGACCUCACCUUUGUGGUUCGCUCACUGAUAAACGAGUACGGAGGUAACGCCACAGUGACUUCCUGCAGUACUGACGACACCAAGGUGGUGAACUCAGUUCAAGUGUUUUCCAUAGCAGUGCUCUGUCUUUUAGGUGUUCUGGUUGGUGUGGGCACCACGCUGGAAUGGCUUCAUCAAGCCGACCUUCAUGCUUUUAGGAUAAAACGAGGAGCCAACGUAAGGCGUGUUCUCUUGGUCUUCUCGGCGAUAACGAACACCAAGAUCCUCCUAAGAACGACAGUGAAGCCACAAAACGAAGCGUUGAAAUUUAUAUGUGGCUUGAAAGUUAUCAUGACAUUUUGGGUGGUACUCGGACACGCCUACAUCAUUCUGCCGAUGGGAUAUUUCCAUGCGGUUUUCGCAAUGGAUUCCAUGACGGAGAACUUUACAUUCCAGUUUAUCACUAACGCAUUCCUCAGCGUCACAGUUUUCUUCUUUUUAAGUGGGUUCCUGCUGGCGUACGUCACCGCGGCAUCUCGUGAAGCUCUUGCAAGAACGAACCCAUUUCUCAUUUACAUUGUGCGAACAUCGCAACGAUAUAUCAGGUUGGUAGUGCCUGCCAUGGUGACAAUACUUGUGGCUUUUCUGCUACCACUCUUCGCCUACGGUCCAGGGUCAAACGACGCGUACAGGCAGUACAUACACGGCUGCUACAGCAAAUGGUGGAUCGUGCUAUUGCAGGCGAAUAACUUCGAUAACUCAGAGGACGUGUGCUUGAAACACAUGUGGUACAUCAGCGCAGAACUUCAAAUAUUCCUAGUCGUCGCAUUUCCUCUCGCGCUACUGUUUAUCAAGCAUCCGACAGCGGCCACCAUCACCGGAGCUCUAACGGCCACUGUGUUCUGCCUUAUGACUUGCGUUCAGGUCUACUCGUGGGACCUGUUCUACGCUUUCACAAGCGGGUCCAAUGACAUGAGGUCCUUACGUCCAAGUCCGCAUCCCCCACAACCGAGGGGGGAUCCCCUUCCGGGGACCACGACUUCCGAUCUGACUUCAGGCAGUGGCAUGGGCGAUCCGUCCGCCAGUGAGGGGGAGAGGCCCGGGAGUUUUGACGAGACUACCACCAGGUCGACCGAAACAAAGUCGAGCGAUAUCGAGACGGGUUCGUCGCAAUCAUCCCCCCCUAAGCCGCCUCCACCCUCGGCGAGCCGGGAUGACUGUGGGAAUUCGUUGACCGUGGCUGAAGCGACCCCCGAGUCCAACGAGCAGGAAGAGGCCCUCCUCGCUGUAUCCCACACACCCGUCAACGUCCGGGCCCUAGUGACCAGCCUGGCCUUGGAGGCCGGUACCCGAGACCCAGCCGGCGACAACGCCCCCAUAAAAAGUAAAGGAUGUCAGGGUAUCAAGGAGGACAACCUGCUUUGGCUAAUCAACGCCUUUGUGCUGCUUCUGUUCACUUACAUGGUGGCCAUGCACCAUAUGAUGGACCCCGAUGUGGUCGAGCAAGCGACCAUUGCACUCGCCAUGGAAGACAGUCAGAAAGACAGCAUAAGAGUAAAAGACACGCUGGAGCUCAUCUACUUCCGGCCCUUCACGCAUGCUGGCCCGUACAUUGCCGGAGUCAUGUGCGGCUACGUAGCAUCACAGUACAAAAACGUCACAAUAAAGCCGAAAGUGGAGAUGGGCCUGUGGCUGGUAUCGUUAGCCCUGGCCUGCGGCGUCUUGUUCGUCUCAUUCCCUUGGAAUCAAGGUCAUCUGCCAGACGCCGUGACCAAUGCUCUCUACGGAGGAUUCCACCGGCUCCUCUGGGCACUCGCCUUCUUCUGGCCGUCGUACGCCUGCGCCACGGGUCGUGGUGGUAUCCUGAACAAUAUGCUGUCUUGGAGGUUUUUCUUGCCACUCUCGAGGCUGACUUGUGAGAUCUACCUAAUACACGUGCUGCUCUACAUAACGCGCAUGCUUCGCCUGAGGAGCUACAUCAACACGGACGAGUUCUUUCAGCUGACUACCGCCUUGGGAGUGUUCUUGCUGAGCGUGGUGUUUGCAUACCUGCUGCAAGUGUGCGUCGAGGCACCCACUGUGCGACUCGAGAAGCUGCUGCGCGAAGGAGACACCGGCGACACUAUAGCAGCGACACCCGUCAACGGAAAGCCCUUUAGCUCAAACGUGGACAUCAUCCAUAAGUCGACCGUGUGACUAUUGUUCGAGCUUGUAAGAAACUUGAUAUCCCAAAGGGACGCAGUUAUCCGUCGAAAUUCAACUCCACUUGAACCAAUUGCUCACUGUUGAGGCAUAGCGCGUGCCUUUAUUUCAAUCGAUUCUCUCGCCGCGGUGGCGUGGUACUCGUAAUCAUGAGACUACGGACUUGAUUCCAGGCGAAUGAAAACAGGGUAAAAUGCACAAAGGUUUCUGUUCCGACAAUCCGGAGCUUAACCGCGAUUUGCAGAGAUAAUACUGAGCUUCAGCUCGUCUAUCUCCCACUAGCUGUAAUAGCUCUACAGAAUCGAAACUCGUGCGUGCGUUCGCCUUCAGCUGAUAAGAAGUGUAUCAAAAAUAAAAACUUAAGACUUCUGUCAAAGCCACAUACUGAACUCCUCUUGGCACGCAAACGGGUAUCCUGGACCGAGAGAAAGCUCGUUAGCCGAACAACUACAGUAUGUGCUACACAGAGUGCAGAGGCCUCAAUCACCAGUUCGUCAGUAUAUAGUAAUACGAACCAAGGACACGAGAUUCAUCUGCGUGAUUCACAGAAGCCAAAAUGAGACCGUUUGCAUAGUACAUUCUACAAUAUUCAAGUGCACGUAUGCACGCUAAAGUGUAUGUUUGCAUGACUACAGCUUGCAACUUUCUUCUCUUCUACAGAGACAUACGAUUAGGAAUCUUAUCAAUUACGGGCAUUUCUGUUAUUGGACGAUCACCAAUAACUACCGCGGUUCAGGCAGUGAACAAAUUGUUGUGUCAAAGCAACCUUGGUAAAUGAAGUUCGCAAUUAAAUUCCUAGCUCUGGCGCAUUAACGCAUACUCUAAAGCGCAUUAACGCAUACGAGUCAACUACUGCUGCACACUUUCCACUUCUCAACUUAUUGCAUAUUACAGAGUGAUCAGCUGUGCUGUGUCAUUUAACGUUCUUGCAUUUGUCUCUGUUUAGUUAAACUCUGUGGCUCCAAAGGAACCUUUGUCUACAUCUUCUAGGCUGUGUAUGUUAUGGAGUAUUGACAUUUCAAGGCAAAUAAAACGGGCUUGUGGUAGUUCUAGAACAAAAUAAAUAUUACGACCAUUUUUUUUCAA